AUGGCCUUACGGAGGAAAGGUAGUGAUUCAACAGUUGCUAGUAAAAUUGUAGCGCAUCUAUGCUUCCGGAAAAUGGCAAAGAAGGCUCUAACCAAGAGCCUCAGGACACUAAAACAUCUAGAAAAGAAAAUAUGUUCAUUUCUUUUUGUAGAUAUUGAUCACCAUGUGUCAUUGGUUUCCAAAGUUCUUACAGAAACUAAUGCACUUACUAUCUCCUUAUCCAAAUCCAUUUUGAUCUUUGUGUCAACCAAGCCUAAGAGUGAUAACGGGAUUCAACUGAUAUCAAAGGUGUUGUCCAAGCGUACAUCCACACACAAACAUGAUCCAUUGGUCCUCACGGAGGUUGAAACCAUUGAAUUGACUCUCACGUUUCUCCACAAGAAUGUGCGCAAUGGUGAAACCAAAGACGUUCAUGUGGAAGUCACACUAAGGAGAUUGCAAAUUCUUGAUGUGGGUCUUGAAGGACUGAAGGUUGGUUUAGAUCACCUUUUCAGGAGAUUAAUCCAUAGUAGAGUUCCCCUUCUUAAUAUCUUAGUUUGUAAGACAUCCAUAGUUUUCAUACACCAGUUAGGCAUGUUUUAG